AACCACAUCAAAAAGGUUUCCUGGUUGAUAUUGGCCUAGUAAUAUAAAUGAUAAUAUUUUACUAUAUUACUGGCAACUACUGUGUAAAUAACUUACCCGACUAAUCUCACUGAUUAUGCAUAAACUAUUUCCUUUAGCGGGAAAAGUUAGAUGGAAACAGACCGCCAAACAUUUCUGACAUGCCAUUAUUAUCUCAGAUGCUUAAAAAUAAAUGUUAAAAUAGGUUGUGUGAUAAAUUCAAAUGCUGUCUAAUAUCCUGUUUAUUUGAGAGAUGCUUUUCAUUGAUGAGGAAGGAAACUGUCAUUGUGGUCCAGUUAAUUAUUUAAAUGAAAUUCACCAUCUACUAACGAGUCGUACAACCAUAAUUGACUGCAUAUAGGUAUACCAGAAGCAUCAGUUGAAAGGCUCUAAAUUAUUUUAUGCGGUUAAAUUUAUAGUCAUCGAUUUAACGCUAUCAAAAAUUCUCUGCGUUCUACAGCAUAGUAUUUCGCUUAUAUUACGUGGUUUCUCGUAAGCUCAAUAAAAUAAUGUGUGAUUGUGUGUGCAAUCUUAACAAAGAAGUCAACAGAGUGAACACUUUUAAAGAUAAAAAUUAUAGAAAAGGUGCGACACGUAAAUUUAAAUAAUCAUACACAGACUACGACAAAACACCACACUCAAAUAACAACGUACUCGGGAGCCAUAUGAGUACAGCCUAAUUGUAUUACAGUCAGGCGAAAUAAAAUAAUGCAUGAAAAGAUGCAUACAAUUUCACAAAGAAGUCGAUGACACUUUCUGUACAUUCUGUCAACAAAAUGACAAUUUGAGUUAAUCUUUUCACUGCUGAUAUUGUCCUGUAAUCGUUAUUUGCAUAUAACGUAACAGGAAGUCAGAAAUGUAGAGGACUUCUUAUUUUGCCUUAUUACCUUUCAAGUUUAGAAAAGAAUCUUAUAACGUACCGUAAUAAAACCUUUUGGUUUUAUACUGAGUGAAAGUAGCGUGCGUUUUUCCUGAACUUCUUUCCCUUUAGGACCAAGCAGAUCCUAACAGCGAGACACCCCCACCCCCCAGUUGUACCCUGGCACAGCACCAAGUAGCACAAGUGCCGGCUAGCCAAUAGGGUUCACUGGGCGGUCCGUGAGCUCUGACCAGUCAUACUCAGUCACUUUCCUUAUAUGGCAGCGCGUCUCCAUGGUAACGUGUGCUAAGUUGCAGCAGUCGUGUCAAAGUUCACUAUAUAGAGAGCUCGGUGAGCUGAUCAGAGAGAAAGCAUUCUGCCAGCCCAGCUCCAGCAAAUCGCAAUCAGUUCCUAACCUCCCCCUUUUUAACAUAUUUGAUCACUUUGAUUCUUUGGUUCUUUCUUUAUUAUUUUACGCGCAUGAAGAAGGUUCUAUAGGUGGCGAUCUUUUUAUUAUUAUUAUUACUCUUGCCUGCCGGAGAGUUGACUUCAUAUUUGACUCCAGCAUUGGCUCCUCAGCUGCAAUCGCAUUAAGAAGAAAAGGAAGCAGUAGUAUUUUUUUUACCAGUUGAUGGUUUUCUUCAGGACUUUUACAGGAACUUGGGAUCGCUGGCUGCUGACAUCUUUCAAAGUCGAAUUCUUUUUUUUUUUGUAUUUUUUUUUCUUAAUUUAUUUCCCCAUCCCCUGCAGCUGAAAUCAGUGCGCCGCUUUCUGUCGUGUCUUGCUCAGCUGAGUUUUAAUUUUGACCAUGUUCCUCCUUCUCUUCUUGACGGGUUUCCUGAAUGGCUGACUGCAAGCGCCUGGAUUUGGCCUUUGAGCGCACGGCUGUCCGGCUCGCCAUCACCUCAAGUUUAAAAUAAAACAUCGCACUGCUUCUCUAUACAUUUUUUGAUGCUAUUGUCACGCAAGUUCCAGCGGAGCCUUAACAUAAAGACCGUCGACAUUCGCCGCCUCCACCGCCAUCCGACGCAGACAACGUGCUCCGUUCUUCCAAAACAUUAACGAAGACAACGCGAAACCAAAAACGGGAAACAAAAAAAGUUUCUUAACGUUGGCUGAUAGAUAUGGCAAUGGUAGUGUGGAGAGGCUCCCAGGACGAUGUGGCCGAGACCCAGGGCACCCUGUCUUCCCAAGCGCCCCAAGGAGGACCGUUGUCCCUCCCCAGCCACCAGCCAGGCCAACUCAACCUGGCUGCCCCUCAGGCUGCCCCCCCGACCCCGCAGACGCCCGUCCAAGGCGGACCCCCCAGCAAUACGGCGCAGUCUACGCCGACCAACCAAACGGGCCAGAGCCAGGCGCCGGAGAAGCAGCAGCCGCAGCACAUCGAGUGCGUGGUUUGCGGGGACAAGUCGAGUGGCAAACACUACGGGCAGUUCACAUGCGAGGGCUGCAAGAGCUUCUUCAAAAGAAGCGUACGCAGGAACCUCACUUACACAUGCCGGGCCAACAGGAACUGUCCCAUUGACCAGCACCACCGCAAUCAGUGCCAGUACUGCCGCCUCAAAAAAUGCCUCAAGGUUGGCAUGAGGCGGGAAGUUUCUCUUUUUACUGCAGCAGUGCAAAGGGGACGGAUGCCACCCACACAGCCACACCACGGUCAGUUCGCCUUGACAAAUGGGGACCCUCUACACUGCCAUUCCUACUUAUCCGGAUAUAUUUCUCUUCUUCUAAGAGCGGAACCCUACCCAACGUCCCGAUAUGGCAGCCAAUGCAUGCAACCCAAUAACAUUAUGGGCAUCGAAAACAUCUGCGAACUGGCGGCCAGGAUGCUUUUCAGUGCCGUGGAGUGGGCCAGGAAUAUCCCCUUCUUCCCAGACCUCCAGAUUACGGACCAGGUGGCUCUCCUGAGGUUGACCUGGAGCGAGUUGUUUGUGCUGAAUGCAGCGCAGUGUUCCAUGCCGCUCCAUGUUGCUCCUCUGCUGGCGGCCGCCGGCCUUCACGCCUCCCCCAUGUCUGCAGACAGAGUAGUCGCCUUCAUGGACCACAUUAGGAUCUUCCAGGAACAAGUAGAAAAGCUGAAAGCUUUGCACGUUGACUCUGCUGAAUACAGCUGCCUGAAGGCCAUAGUGCUUUUCACGUCAGAUGCUUGUGGUCUUUCGGAUGUGGCUCAUGUGGAAAGUUUACAAGAAAAGUCCCAAUGUGCUCUAGAGGAGUAUGUUAGGAGUCAGUACCCCAACCAGCCAACGCGAUUUGGGAAACUUUUACUUCGCUUACCUUCCCUUCGCACCGUCUCUUCCUCGGUCAUAGAGCAGUUGUUUUUCGUCCGUUUGGUAGGUAAAACCCCAAUUGAAACCCUCAUCAGGGAUAUGUUGCUUUCAGGAAGCAGUUUUAACUGGCCUUAUAUGUCAAUUCAGUGAAGCAGACGGAAAGUACAAGGAGGCUAAGACUACAAUAGUUAGCAUUUCUUAUAGAAUGAAAACGGCUGUUACACACAUUUACUAACAUGAAGAGAGACAUUUCAGUAAAGACUGCGAAUGUUAUAAAUCAGACAUUCAAUGAACUUUCAGAAUCCAGAUAGAAGCUCCGGCAUCAUUCUGAACACAUUGCUACUUAUCAUUUUGUAAAAAAAAAAAUAAUAAAAUAAUAAAAAAGAAAAAAGAUUUUUGGUAAACCUUUGAGGAAAAAUGAAACUAUAAAGUGCAUUCAAAAUGAAUAAUUUGGAGAAAUAUAGGAGGAAAAGAAAAAGUAUGUUUUCUUUUUCCAGAUACCACGUUGUCCUGUGCUUCUGUAUCUAUAGAUGUCUUCUGUAUUUUAUUUUAUUUUUGGUUCCAAACCGGCUUAUAUUAUUCAAUAGUUUUACCAUUUUAAUAUUAUCAUGGCUUCUUAUGGAACAGUAAAAAUAAUAUAUUUGUUCUUCGAGAAUUAAAAUAAAACCAUCGGCAAUAUCAAAAAAAAUGUUAUUUCAAUGCUUUUAAUGUUGCAUUCGCACUUACAAAAGUUGAGACCCAUAACCUACUAUUGUUAGGGGGAAUCUGGGGGAUUUAGUUGUGAUUAAAUUCGUAGUAACCCACAGUAAAAGGGAGACUAUACUGGAAGCUAGAAUGUGCCAGGGAUUCCUCUCUAUGACGCAGCCUUGGACCUUGUGUCCAAGACGCACAUUCCCGCUGGAACCAUUGAAUAAAACUCCAUAAGCUAACUAUUACUGUUAAUACUUAUUCUGUCUCUUCCAGUGGGUUUAUAAUACAUUCUUGUUUGUAUGUAGCCUUUUUAAAGUUUUAGAAGAUGCUCUUGGUCUUUACAGUUUGCUGACAUGGAGCAUCCAACAGCGAAUAUUUUGUGUUUAUUAAGCCUAAGCUAUUUAAGAGAACUUUUCCUGUACACUACAUUUGAGCAAAGGGCACAUCUAGCAUUCGUGUUUUCAUUGAAUAAAACAGAAGUAAUAAGCUAAUUCUCACGUGAACUAGAAUGAAAACGUUUCACCCUACAGGUAUUUUAAAUGAGGUAUCCCUCCUGGUAUAGCCUUUAAAUCGUGUGGAUUAUUUGUGGAAAUAUGUAGGUAAUAUAAAACAAAUAAAGGGGAGGGGUCAAGGGUCACUUUACGUUGUCAUGCAAGACCUAAACUUCUCAGUAUCAGUAUUACGCCCCCUAAAGAAUCAAAAAUGCAUUAGAUUACAUAAAAUAUUCCGUACAUCUCAAGCAUUAAGUGCCUGUAAAGCAGGACAUUGUUAUUAAGAGAUUUUUUAAAUUGAAGUGUUAAAACCCUUUGUAACACUCUAAGGUUUGCAACAUCAGUCUAUGAAUGUGUUAAUCACAUAAACGGACAGCAGUUAGAAGCAGUAUUGUUGUAAAUAUAGGUCAGUUUUUCACUGCGUUUUCCUUUAUAAGAACUAUAUGUGAUUAAGAAAUUAUGUGGUUGCCAUUAUUAUUUUGUCAGUAAAACGAAAUGUCUUCAAAUUGAGUGACAGACUUAGCUAGUAGCACUGAAGUUCUGCUUUUAAUGUAUAUACAUAUUACAAAAUGUUUUUUUUUCAUAUGUAUUUAGACUGUGAAUGCAUGGCCACAGGUCCCUAACCUAUUUUACAUUUGGUAUAUAUACUGUAAAUGUUUUUUUUUUUUUUUUUUGAUUGUAUAGAUAUAAUCUGUGCAUUCAGUACAAUAGCCCUUGUAUUUAAAAGAAACAAAAGUUCAAUAGUAAGACUUAACAGGGUGAGCUGGUUUGGAAAGGGGUAGGUUUUUUUGUUUUAGUGUUUUGCUCCUUUUCUGUCUGUAACAGAUGCUUUGUGUGUGUGAAAGAUUGCAAUUUCGUCUUUGUUUUUUGGGGCUUCUCUUCAGCACACAAGGCAUGAUGUUGUGGUUAGAUAAAAGGGAUGAUAUUGUAUAUUUGAUUGAACAGUGAUCUUUGGCUGUUCCUAUGCUCCUUAUGGACCAGAGAAUGAUACAUGAUUGUAAUUAUGAACAGUUUAAACAACUGACCCACCUUUUUAUAUAUAAAUAUAUAAAUAUAUUACUGCAGGGUAUUGAUAACGUAUAGAUACUUUUUUAUCAUUAUGGUUACUAUUAAUUGCAAGUGAUACAUGUGAGUGUGUGUGGAAGUUUAUAGUUGAAAACAAUCUUGUUUGUUUGUGUUAGCUUAUUGUAAACAAGCAUUCUGCUGUAAAUUUGUUCUUGGUAUUAAAUUAUAAUUUAUGGAUUUGAAAUCAAAA